GAGACAGGAUCUCAUACUGUAGCCCAGGCUAGCUUCCAACACAUGAUGUUAGUCGAAUACCAGAUCACAUAACGUCUUUAGAACCUAGGGAUUUCAAGUUUCUUCUUGAUUGUUUUUACUUUUCCUGCUGGCCCGUUCCGUGAUACCCAGCAUCCCUCAAUAUCCUUCAGUCUUUCCAGUCUCCGCAAGGCUGAGGGCGUUCGCUCCAGGUUUACCUGACGCCAGGCUGUGGCUGCCAAUCUCCCACAUCUCCGCUAGGCGCGAGAUAGAGAUUCGACUAGGGCUCGAAUCCCGAAAAACAGAAUAACCGCCACAGGAGGAGGAGAGGGAGAGGUCUGAGCCUUGUAUUCAGCCCACCGAACCACCCUGGCGGGGAAGGAACCCCACGUCCCGGAUCCGCUUCAAUCCCGCCUAGUCUUACUUCAAACUCUGAAUCUUCCCCAGCUUGUCGGUCUUGGGUCGCCCACGUUGUAGGAGCAGCUCCGGCGUGAGAGGAGCCAUGGGUGGCCGAGGGCUCAACCGAACCCGCGCCUCCACGAAAUCCGGUCGCUAAGGCCCGCCGCCGGGGAGCCCAGGAGGUAGCGCACUCUCUGAGAGUCCGGAGCGACCGGAAGGAAGCAGAACGCCAGCCGCACGCCCCAGCUCCUGCUUCUGCGGUGACUACAACUCCCAGCGGCCCCCGCGCCUCGCGCCUGCGCUCUUAACUGCUCGGAGGACGCUAUGGCGGCGGCAGCGGCUGAAGCUUCUCAUUUGCAGGAGUGCGGUUGUAAGGGCAUCCGGACUUGUCUUAUCUGCGAGAGACAACGCCAGGGGGACCCGCCCUGGCAGAUCUCCCUUCAGAAAAAAUGCUGUUUCCGCUACUGCCCAGACACAGGCUGGGCCUUGGGGGCCCAGGGCUCUGACGUUGAGGGUUGGGCAUUCCCCUUCCCAGGAGUGACACUGAUACAGGACUUUGUGACCCCAGAGGAAGAAGCUGAGAUGGUGCGUCUGAUGGACUGUGACCCCUGGAAGCUUUCACAGUCCGGGAGGAGGAAGCAGGUACGGUGGCCUGACCACUUCUCCCUUUUGUCUCCACGCCAGGACUAUGGCCCUAAAGUCAAUUUUCGGAAGCAGAAGCUAAAGAUGGCGGGCUUCCAGGGUCUCCCCGGCUUUAGCCAGAAGGUAGUCCAGAGAAUGGGCCUUUACCCGGGGCUGGAGGACUUCCAGCCUGUGGAACAGUGUAAUCUGGACUAUAGCCCUGAGCGGGGCUCCGCCAUCGACCCCCACUUGGAUGACGCCUGGUUGUGGGGCGAGCGGCUGGUAAGCCUCAACCUCCUGUCGGCCACAGUGGUGUCCAUGUCUCCAGAGGCCCCUGGCAGCCUGCUGCUCUGCUCAGCCCCCUCCAUUGGACCUCAUGCUUUUGAGGGUAGCAUCAUGGCCCCUAGCAGGUCUGUCCCCUGCCAGGAGGUGGAGGUGGCCAUCUCAGUCCCCCGCUGCUCCCUGCUGGUGCUUACAGGGGCUGCUCGGCACCAGUGGACACACGCCAUCCACCGCAGACACGUCAAGGCCCGUCGUGUGUGCGCCACCUUCAGGGAGCUAUCCAACGAGUUCCUGCCUGGAGGGAAGCAGCAAGAACUGGGCCAGGAACUGCUGCAGACUGCACUCUCGUUCCAGGGGAGACCGGUGUGAAUGCCUCCCACGGCCCAAGCGCUGUCACUGGCCCAAAGCUUGGCUCCGGCACGACCAUUGGAGAAGCUAACACUGAGCUCUCCCCACAACUCAGUUAGACUCAUGAGUUUCUUGAGACAAGGGCUCGUGUAGCCCAGGCUAGGCCCUGAUGAAGUCUGUAGCUGAGAUGAACUCUUGCCUUUUCUACCUCUACUUCCAAAGCUCUGGGAUUAUGGAUGUGCACUGCCAGGUCUGGGACAGGGUCUCUGGCCUAGCCUGGCCUCAGACUCUGUGUACAGCCAAAGAUGACUUUGAACCCCUGAUCCUCCUGCCUCUACCUCUUGAAUGCUGGGAUUGCCAACAUGCACCAUCAUAUUGAGCUUUUUCAGGUGCUGGGAUGGCAGCAAGCAUUCUGCCAACUGAGCUGUCCCCUACACUGUUGGAGGUUUUUGAGACAAGGUCUCAUGUGGACUAGACUAAGCCUGGAACUCACCUUGUAGCCUGGCUUUGAACUCCCCAUCCUCCUGCCUCAGCCUCCCAGUCGCUGAGAUAACAGUGUACUGGUUAGGUUUUAGGAGGAGCCAUCUGACCCUUGACGUCAUGAACAUUGCUCCCUCUGCCUGGAGCUGGUUCUGCUGGGCCUGGACUGUGGCCGCUCCUCAGGUGACUGAGUAUGUCAUAGCGUGGAGGGAUUCAGUCUUUUAAACUUCAGUACUUGGGACAAGCAAGAUGAUUGAGUGGCUAAAGGUGCUGCCACCAAGCCUGACAUUCGGCCUCUGGAAUCCACACGGUGAAAGCAGUUUCCCCUGCUCUCCUGACGCACAUUGCCCCCUCUGAUAGAGUUCAUAAUAGAAGAAAAACUUGGUCUCAUAUGAAAAGAAUGAUAUUUCUCCUUUUCCCAUCUCUGUGUGAGGUAGUUUUAGUUAUUUUGUUUUAAGGCAGGGUCUUCACUGUGUAGCCUUGGCUGUUUUGGAACUCACUUUGUGGACUAGGCUGUCCCUUAACUCAUAAAGAUCUCUCUACCUCUACUGCUGAGUAAGUGCUGGGAUUAAAGAUACGCACCCAUCCAC